AUGAGUCGACCCAGCAGCAGGCUUGCUGAAAAGGAGGUCAACCAAAAUGGAGACCUGAUGGGCUGUACGUCUUUGUCUGCCGUGUUUACUGAUACUCACAGCGCAGCGGUGACUUCUGAAAUGAGGCUGUUAUCCGCCUUCAAGAAAGACAAUCACGACAGGAAAGUUUUCCUAGCAGGGAAAGAGUUUUACAAUGAAAAAGGGAGGACAUUUGACCUGCAUCUUGUUGGAAAACUAAAGCAGCAGUUCAGCUCUGACCCCACAGUUCACCCAGAGUACCCACCACCUCUUGGUCUGACAGGAUUCACCCAGCGGGUUACAGAGUUUACUUUGGGAAGGAGCUGUCGGGCUGUAAUAGAAAACCGGGUGUUAGGUGUCCAGACUCCUGGAUUUACUGCUGCUGUGCGUCUUGGGGCUGAACUCUUGAGACACUGGCAUGAUGUCAGUGCUGAAUGGUGUGGGCUCGUCUACCUCCCCUCCCUGUUUGAUGACUCAUUAGCUGAUAUCUUCCGGGCAGCAGGGGUCCAAAAUAUCUGUCAAUAUCAUUACUGGGAUGAUAAACAGCGAGGUGUUUGUUUGGAGAAGCUUCUGGCAGAUCUGGAGGAGGCUCCGGAGAAAAGUGUUGUUGUUCUGUCAGCCUCUGCCCACUACCCAUCCAGGGCGGAUCUCUCUCAGAGUCAGUGGGUUUCGAUUGUUCAGUUUAUGAUGAGGCGCCGACUUUUCCCUCUCCUCUUGCUGCCUGCUCAGGGGCUUUGUUAUGGGGAUUUAGAACGGGAUGCCUGGCCUGUACAGUACUGUGCAUCACAGGGGAUGGAGCUCGUCUGUGCUCAGUCGCUCUCCCACUCCUUCGGACUGUAUGGUGAGGCCGUGGGACACCUCCUGUGCAUCUUAAAAAAGAGCUCACUCCUUUUAUCAGUCCAGUCUCAAGCCGACAAAGUCGUCAGAUCUCUCUGGGCUCAGCCAUCAGAUACAGGAGCCCGAGUUGUUGCCACAGUGCUCAGUAACCCUGCCCAUCUUGUUGAAUGGCAGGGAGAAGUAAAGCACCUUGUGGAGAGGUGUAUGCUGAUCAGAGAGAUUUUGAGACAAAGGCUGAGGCUUCUGGGAACUCCAGGUUGCUGGGAUCACCUGACCCAGCAACGAGGACUCUUUUGUUGUAUGGGCUUGAAUGGUACCCAGGUAGAUUUUUUGUCAAAAAGGAGGCACAUCUACCUGCUCCCUAGUGGCUGUCUUAAUGUGAGUGCAAUCAACGGUCAUAACUUGGACUACAUAGCUGAGUCAAUCCAUCUGGCUGUGACCACUUCACUCUGACUGUGACUGCUUUUUUCUGGCUUUUGAUCAGGAUCUGAAAUCAGUGUAAAAAGGUUCUUUCAACCUAGCUGAACCCUUCACGUGUCACUUUGAAAUACUGUCAUUACUGUUGCAGCUUCAGCUCUUGCAAAGUAAAUGUUGAUUAAG